AUGGCAGUUGCGAGGGGAAUUCAAGGGCUAGCACCCCUGUUCAAGCGACAUCAACAGCUCAUCAAAAGUAUUGAUAACGAAUCAAAGCGAACUAUUGAAAGCCUGAGGCAUAUUACCCGCAGGCUUCGCUCUCUCAGACGCGGUAAACCUAUCAGUACGGUCGAAAGAUUGAUCGCACAGUUUGAGUGGACUAGAGAGAGCAAGAAGACCGUCCCCUCACUGUUCCAGAAUAUGGAGGUGCUAGAGAGGUCUAUGAGAACAACCGCGACCUUGGUGAACAUUCAGCUGCUUUCUCAAACCUACCAACAGGAUCCAUCGGAUGCGGUCCUGGCACAAUUCGAAUUGUCUAGAAAAAUGCUGCGUAUCGAAUUCGACAAGCUUCAGCACGCUCAGCAGGUCCAAAAGAGGCUUAUGAUGCAGCAACAGAUCUCACCAAGUCAACAUGUCAAGGCCGAGGAGUUUGCCCAAGAAAUAAUUACGAUUCUGAAGAGAGAGAUUCCUCAACUGAAAAAUCACCAGCCCGCUGGGAGCCAGUCCACAUCUGAUUCCCGGUCGCCACCAACCUCACACAUAUCAGACGAGCCUUCGCCCAUUACGACGCCCUCUCUCUCUCUCCCUAGCCGUUCUGAGAGCCAGUCUGUCAUCAAGCCAGAGCAGGAUGGCGAUGUCCCAGGGCCCAAGAGGCAGAUUUCGCGGAAAAGGAGAACGCGGUCAGCGCCUUCGAUCAAGGAGGCGCAUAUAUGCGGAUGCCCCCUUUUGGAUCACCAAGACUGGUCCCUCUCACGUCUGUUAGACGACCCUCGCCUGAUCGUCCAGAUGCAUCCAGCGAUACAUCCAAUCAGCAACGAAAAAGGCAUGGUGGUGGCUCUCAUCCAACUCGAAGACGGCGGAACACCAGUAAGAUAUCUGAAUAUGGAGAUGGAGGUGAGGUAA